AAUCAAUUUUGCGAAGAGCACCACGACCUCAACAAAGAAGAAAAGACCGUGAACAUGAAAAUCGAAUUCAAACAGUAUAUAAUGAUCGUGAAAACCGAUCACUCAUGGAAUUUCUUCGAGGAAUUGCUCAUAAUCUUUCAUUUUAA